CUUGGAGAGACUGAGCAGAGGCGGGAAAUGGCGCCUGGUAACACAACGAUGUGUCAUUUCGGAGACGGCCCUUGAGUAGAUACAUAUACAGAGGAGAAAAAAAAGUCGGAUCAGCUCACGAAAACAACCACUGCCUCCGUUGUGAUGGUUAAUCGGUCUUGAGUCGUUAUCCCCACAUUCUGCGGAUCACCGGAAACCUUACAUGUGACUGCAAAAACAAUGAGGCUGAGAAUGCGUAAGGCGUCUCAGCAGUCGAACCCCACUCUGGAAAGCCGCCCAUCCCGUACCAAGAGGAGGCAUUCAGAAGUCGAAGAGGACACUCCUCCUACAAGUGGAGGGAGGGGAUUGUUCUCAACCAUCAAGAAGUUCAUCAGAGGAAAUGCCGUCAAGGUGCAGCAGGAGAGCCCGGCCAAGAAGACACGCCUCCACUGUGACGUGGACAACAACCUGAUCACCUCCACCACCCCGAACACCAACACCCCCCGCAAGACUAUCAGCAGGGUUGGCAGGAGAGGCUCCCUUAAUGGACAGGCAACCAAUCAUGACAGGAGUAAGGAGAAGCCCAAUGGCAGUCUGGAGGAGACGACGGCUGUCGAGGUGCCCACCAGCCCUCCCAGAACCACCCUUCUUGGGACCAUCUUCUCCCCUGUCUUCAACUUCUUCUCACCGGCUAAAAAUGCCUCCUCUGGCUCAGACUCUCCAGACCAGGCAUUGGAGGCUGAGGAGAUAGUCAAGCAGCUGGACAUGGAGCAGCCUGUGGAGAUGCCCACCAGCACAGCCACAUCCACGCAGGAAAUGUGUGCCACCACUAACUUCUACUCUAGUGUAUCACAGCUGCCACCUCUGCGACCUCCACACAUCCCCGAGGUAACUCCCACAGCAGUGGAGGGGGAGCUCGAGGCCGAUGCUGACCUUCCACCCCUCACAGCUCCAGGCUCCAGUCCAGAAAUGGCAUAUGUGGACUCUCCUCCUACCGCAGUACCACCAGAGGCAUCUUAUGAGGAAGACUGGGAAGUCUUUGACCCGUAUUUCUUCAUCAAGCACGUCCCUCCACUGACAGAAGAGCAGCUCACUCGCAAGCCUGCCUUGCCCCUGAAGACACGCAGCACACCUGAAUUUUCUCUGGUUCUAGACCUGGAUGAAACUUUGGUUCACUGCAGUUUAAAUGAGCUGGAGGAUGCUGCACUCACCUUCCCUGUUCUCUUUCAAGAUGUCAUUUACCAGGUGUAUGUGCGCCUGAGACCGUUCUUUAGAGAGUUUCUGGAACGCAUGUCUCAAAUCUAUGAGAUCAUUCUUUUUACAGCCUCUAAAAAGGUGUAUGCAGACAAACUGCUGAACAUCUUGGAUCCUAAAAAGCAGCUAGUGAGACACAGGUUGUUUCGUGAGCAUUGUGUCUGCGUCCAGGGAAACUACAUCAAGGACCUCAACAUCUUGGGCAGAGAUCUGUCAAAGACCAUCAUCAUCGACAAUUCACCACAAGCCUUUGCAUAUCAGUUGUCCAAUGGGAUUCCUAUAGAGAGCUGGUUCAUGGACAAGAAUGACAAUGAGCUGCUGAAGCUGGUGCCGUUCCUGGAGAAGUUGGUUGAGAUGAACGAGGAUGUGCGGCCGCACGUUCGGGAGAGAUUCCGGCUUCACGACUUGUUGCCCCCUGAUUGAACUCAAGCACAGUCUCCGAACGGGACAGCAUGAAAAGACUGAAAACAACAUGCGUGUAAAAAGCCCCUCUUUGGAUUACAAACUACAACAUUGCCAUUACUGUUUAAAAUUUUAGCCUUUUUUCUUCUUCUUUUUCUUUUUUUUUAAUCCACCGUUGCUUUUUAAAAAAAAACAAAAAAAAAAACUUCAAAAGAAAAACGUUUUUAAAGGUCUGGGUGAAAUUUUCUAAAUCUCUCAAUGUAUAAAUGAAAUUACACACACUAUGAACAAGCCCAGGUACACUCCUCUUUUUGACUGACUCUUGAGCUGUGGAGCUGGAUAUCUGUCUCCACACUAAAUUCUGCAGUCUUGGUGCUGGUUUAGUGGAUAUGAAAAUGCCACCUGGUAAAGAGGAACUCCACCCCGAGUGAGUCCCUGUACCCAAACGAACCACCCCACCCCCACCGCCCUCUCCCUGGUGCUCACGCUGUUGACACUGACAAAUAACGACACUCUGUGGCUACAGACCAUUUUCAGCAGGAAUGACUGGCCUGUAAAUCAAUCAGUGCAUGUGUGUAUGUUUACUCCUAGCCACACACACACACUCACCGAUUUGGUGUUUGGCAAACCUACAAUCUGUAGCCUUUUUAAAAUCAUAUGCAUUCCUCCGUAGCUGAGUCAAGUUUCUAUUGUUGGUUGCAGUUUUUUCUGGUAAAACUGGUGUUUCAUUGUUUUAAAAAAGAAAAAGGAAAAAAAAAACAUAGCAUUUCAAAAAUGUUUUAAUUCUGUUUGUAAGAUAUGAUAUUUUAAAAGGUGUCCUGUAAGUUUUAUCGUAAGCCUUUUUCCUAUUAGGAGAACAUGGGUGCAUAUUAAUGACGUGCACUGCAUAGUCAAAUGAAAUGGAAUUAAUCCAGGACUUUAAUUCUAGUUUCUUCUUGUUCUAACAAAUAGAGGUUUAAAUCGACGUGUUGGCUUCACUGUGGACACAACAUGGCUCCUUUUAAUUAAUGUUAGGAUUAAGAAUCUUCUUACCUGUAAAUCUGACAUAUUGUAAAGGUCUGAGGGCAUUCAUUUUCAAAAUGACAUGUGUCAACGUUAACCUUUCUUUAAUAAUAGUAUUUGAUUUGUCAUUUGUCUAUAAUCAGUAUUGUCUUUUACUCCUAAUCAAGUAUUCCGGCUAAAUCAGAGCUCUGUUUCUUUUAGUUGUAAUGUGUAAUUUGAUGGCUAUAUCAGUAGCAUUAUGACUAAUGUAGCACAUCUCUGCCAGUGUGUCAUGAAGUCUACCCAUGGUAGAAAUCAAUGGCCAGACCUUGUACCAGCCAUAUCUGGCACCAGCAACAUACUGUUUGAACAGUCAGCCUCUCUGACUGCUCCUCUACCUGUCCGCUUCAUACUCUUUAUUUUGGACUUUUACGCUUUUUUUGUUUUGUUUUUGUUUUGAUGUUUAGUGCAGUUUAAACCAUUGUGUUUAAGAAUGGUAACUAUAUGAAUGUGUAUCUGCCCGACUCCAGCCUGGACACUCAAGCCAAACUGACUUUUACUCGUCUGUUGUUUUUUAAACUUGAUUUAUUUAACAGUGAGACAAACAGUAGGCAAAAUCCGUAGAUGUGUUGGCAUCGGAACGCUCAACUCAGCCACACGAGACAGUCUUCUGUCAUCGCCCAAACCCUCAAAAGUUCACUUAAAUAUCUGUGUCAAUUCGGCAUGCAUUACAGUUGUUUUCAAUCUAAAAGUGCAUUUUUACGUUCAAACAAAUGUGAGUGUUUGGAUUUGUCUGGGUUGCCUGUACAGUGCCAUACGAUUCCUCUCCUCACGCGUUCCCCCUUCCUUAACGGCAUCUCCUGCACUCUCUCACCCCGCCCCCGACGCCCCAAGAUGCUUAGCUGGAAAGAGACAAUCAGACCUCAAAGCUCUGCAGAUACUGAAAACAGGAGACGCCCACCCUUCCCUUUUAUAUUUUUCAGUGUGCUGUAUGUGUUGUGUACUGUAAUUCCAUUGAGUUGUACCUCUCCCAUGAAUAAAUUAGCCAGGCGAGUCCUGCUGUGUCCUGCCCCCCAAUCAAUCCCUGCUGCUCUUUAAACACCGGUUGUGUUCAGAGACGGUGUGCCCGCCUGUCUUUGCUUUUUUUAUUUCCCCCACCGGAAGUUAGUAGCUCUCCAGAAAUUAGAAUUAGUUUGUAUUCAUCUAAAAUUGUUACAGGGCACAACAGUGUUUACUCUGACGUAACGUUGCGAGUACACAUGUCCAGACUAUGAAUGUAACGUAUACAUGGGGCGAAGUCUUAAGUGUCUUUCCGAAUUCCUUGUUGUGUUCUCUCCUCAUCUUACUCGGACAGAUGAGGGCGGGUGGCAGCUCAUGCCUGCCAUCCCAAGAACAGUGUGCACGGAAGAGGAAACAUGGCUUGAGGUCCCACCAUGGUAGCCCCCCUCGCUUCCCUAACCCCCCCCCCCCCCCCCCCCCCCAGACCUCCCACCAUCCUGACUGCCAGCUAUUAGUAUGCAAGCCUCAACUUGAGAGUGCGAUGUAGCCCAGGCAUGCUCGUCUCCUCAGUGGGCUGCGUGAUUAUGUAUAAUUAUCAGUCAUGGCUUGUUUCCGAAGGAUCGGUGGGAGGCAUUUGAUACUUUUCAUCCAGCUCAUUUUUAUGUGCAUUACCAGUUUAUUGUACACUGAGUGUUGUACAAUACAUGCAGCUUCAUGUUUUAAAAAAAAUCCUUAAAGUAAGGAAUCUUUUGUAUUUUUGAUUUCAAAAGGCAUGUCAUAUCUACUUUUUAAAUGUAUUAAUGAAGAUUUAACUUUACUUCAGAUGGAGUGUUUUUUGUUUUUAUUUUUGUUUUUUCUUACAAAUAUCUGUAUGUUUAGUUUAGCGCAAUGUUACUGAACUGUUAAACUUAGCAUGUAGAGAAUACAGCUUGCUUUGUGGGAAAGUCCUGAAUUAAAUUUAAAUCAUGGCACUUUUUCUGCAGAAAAGAGCAAAUCGUGUUAAUGAUUUUAUUUUCUUUUUUCUUUAUUAUUUUUUUUUUUUCAAUAUCCGUUAAGCCAUUUUACUUGCAAGAAUUGCUAUUUGUGCUGAAGAUGUAUUUAAAAAUGUUUUAAGACAUCUUGUUAGCCGUCAGGCUAUAUGCUAUUGUAAAGUGUAUAUACAGUUACAUUGAAUUUCUGAAACAAAGUUUUAAACUUAAAA